UGACAAUUUAGUUUUGAGACAAGGAAAUAAAGGAAUGUAUCUAAGACAAGUAGCAAUUUUUGUACAUACGUGUAUUUUGCUUACACAAGGGAUACUGGGGGCGGAUCAGGUAACCCAGGCUCGAUUGGUUGGGGGUAGCAGUAACGGCACGGGUCGGCUAGAACUACUUUACAAUGGUCAAUGGGUUACGGUAUACGGAAGCUAUUCAUCGUCAUAUUUUAAUACCAAUGAUGCAAAGGUUGCGUGCAGAAUGCUUGGAUACGGAAACAGUGGAAUUGCUCAGUCUUUUUCAAACGCGCCCGUCCUUUUCGGACAAGGGACUGGGUCGGUGUUAAACCACAGGUUCCACUGUAGAGGAAACGAGACCGAUUUACGUCAGUGUGGCAGUAGUUCUUGGAGCGUAUCGACGUCAACGAGUCAUACUUAUGACGUCGGGAUCACUUGUGAGCCAACAAAAGUGAGACUAGCAGAUGGCGACACACCACAGUCUGGGAGAGUGGAAGUGUAUUUCAAGGGCCAAUGGUCAUCGAUCUGUGACACAGGAUUUGACAACACAGACGCACGUGUAAUAUGCAACAUGCUUGGAUAUAAAGACACAGGCAUUGCAAAGGCGUUUACUGGUGCCCAUUUCGGACUAGGUUCAGGGGAUAUAAUCAUGACGUCGUUAGAUUGCAAAGGUACAGAGACGGACAUAAAGAGUUGCUCGCCAAAUUGGGGUCAUAGCACGUGCAAUCAUCGCAAAGAUGCCGGCGUGAACUGUGACAGCACACCAAUAAGAUUGGAGAACGGUCCAACAAAUAGUUCCGGUCGCGUAGAGAUAUAUCAUGGCGGACAUUGGGGAACUAUUUGCGGAAACUACGAGUUUGACCAACCUGAUGUGACGGUUAUUUGUAAAAUGCUGGGGUUUAACAAUCCAAAUGCGUUUGGGUAUAAAAAUGCAUUUUAUGGAGAAGGAACUGGUAACGUCAUUAUAAGUAAUAUGAAAUGUGACGGUUCCGAGUCAGAUAUCGCCCAGUGUCAAUCGUCUACAUGGUCUGUUUCAACAAGCUCAGGAGGUUGCGACCACACAACUGAUGUGGGUGUGAACUGCGCUGGUGUAACGGAAAUUCGAUUGGUUGAUGGAACUUCGGAACAGUCGGGCAGGGUUGAGAUUUAUCAUAACGGACAUUGGGGAACGUUGUCAGAUGGUUACUUUGAUAACCAUGAUUUAAGAGUCAUCUGUAGGAUGCUCGGAUAUGAGUAUUCUUCCAAGUCCUUCUUCAUGAAGGGUGCACACUAUGGCAGUGGUAUUGGAGAAAUAAUCGCUACACGUCUACAAUGUAACGGGGAUGAGGACGAUAUUGGCCAGUGCUCGGCUGAAUGGUGGCCUCAGACUACUUCUCAAAGCCAUGACCAUGACGUCGGGGUCAAUUGUGACGGGGUUAUUCCAAUCAAACUUGUUGGUGGAAACAGCAGUGCGUCAGGCAGGGUUGAACUGUAUCACAAUGGUUUAUAUGGUACAAUAUGCAGUCGUUCUUUCGAUCGUUAUGACCUGACUGUAGUAUGUCGAAUGCUUGGAUUUGACAGCAUACCGAAAAAUGCUUAUUGGUACCCGGCUGCAAGUUACUCCCAAGGUCUUGGAGAAAUAGUGGUAUCUGACCUUACAUGUAACGGGAUCGAGAACAGUCUCGGGCAGUGUGGAGGCCGCUGGCCGGCAUACAGCAGCUGUGAUCACAGCCAGGAUGUAUUUGUCAACUGUAAUGGAGCCGCUGAGAAGAUCCGACUUGUGAACGGUGCAAGCCACUAUUCCGGCAGAGUAGAGAUUUUCCACUCAGGUCAAUGGGCAACUAUUUGUGACGACUACUUUGAUAGGGCUGAUGCUGUUGUUAUCUGUAGAAUGCUGAAAUUUCAAAAUCCAGAGAAAGCUGUUGCGUAUAAACGGGCACAUUUUGGCAGGGCCAAUGACACUAUUCCUAUAGUAGCCACUAGCCUUCACUGUAACGGACUUGAAACCAAUUUAGGACAAUGCAACCCAAGUUGGAAUCCUAGUUACUGCAGCCAUUCCCAGGAUAUAAGUGUAGAUUGUUGCCCAAACUGUCAGGAUCCAAUAGUUGGAAGGAAAUAGCGGAACUGUUAAGUUAUUUUGUAAUACAGAAGCUUUAAUGUCAAUUUAUUAAAACCAAAAAAAAAAAAAAAAAAAAAAAUCGUUCCAUUUCCU